GGCGGAUUGCUUUUUCCUGGUAGCGAUCCGCUGUGCGAGGAGCGCGUCUUCAGCUUUGGCUUACAAGGGGGAGGGAGUCCUUCCGAGUCCCCAGUCCCAGGGGGGAGCCCGCCGCUUUUCGCCCUUCCGCCGCCCCUUCCCCUCUCUCCUUUUCUCCCUCCCUCCCCAGCCAUGAUUAAGGCGAUUCUCAUCUUCAACAACCAUGGGAAACCGCGGCUCUCCAAGUUCUACCAGCGCUACAGUGAAGAUACACAGCAACAAAUUAUCAGAGAAACAUUUCAUUUAGUGUCAAAACGUGAUGAAAAUGUCUGUAAUUUCCUAGAAGGAGGCUUAUUAAUAGGUGGAUCUGACAACAAACUGAUAUACCGACAUUAUGCUACACUGUACUUUGUCUUCUGUGUUGACUCUUCAGAAAGUGAGCUGGGCAUUUUAGAUCUAAUACAAGUAUUUGUAGAGACACUAGACAAGUGUUUUGAGAAUGUCUGCGAAUUGGAUUUAAUUUUCCAUGUUGAUAAGGUCCAUAAUAUCCUGGCUGAAAUGGUGAUGGGUGGGAUGGUUCUGGAGACCAACAUGAAUGAAAUUGUCACGCAGAUUGAUGCUCAAAAUAAAUUGGAAAAAUCGGAGACCUUUAUCUUUCAGUCUCCCAGACAGGACAGGUAGACACAGGCUGGUUUAGCAGGAGCCCCAGCUCGGGCUGUGUCAGCUGUAAAGAAUAUGAAUCUUCCAGAGAUCCCAAGAAAUAUUAAUAUUGGUGACAUCAGUAUAAAAGUGCCAAACCUUCCCUCUUUUAAAUAAAUUGUGC